AUGUUUGAUCCCCUGGAGUUUUUCAGCGGUGAAAAACGGCCACUGGAAGCCGAGAUAUCGGAAAAGACGAGCUUUUCGGGAACAGGGAACACUGAGGAAGUGGUAUCAAGCUCGAAAGACGAUGUUACCGACGAAAUCGAAUUUGAAGAUAGUGAUGUCCCGAUGCAGGUCAUAGACCUUCCUAUUCUUCAAAUUGCAAAACCGGUGGUCAUUUUGACGGUAUUGCUGCUGCUCAGGCCCGCAGUCGGAGUGAACUUCUCGGAACAAAACGGUGAACAGGAUGACACUGAACUCACAGAAGAAGGAAGUGAUAUUCUUGAAUCAAUAGCUCCUGAUUACGUUCAAGAAACGAUCAAUUGGUAUAAGUACGUGGGAAAUUCAAGUCUGGACUCGGGACCGAAGUUAGCCAGGAAGCUGCAUCAACUAGCAGGCAGCGCCACGGAAAAAGAUCUUGUAACGUAUUUCACUAAUGUUCUUGCAAAAUACAGUCGAUUUGAGGAGCCGGACGAGCUUGUAGUACGCAUCUUGAGCGAAGCGAGUCUACGUAUAUCUGAAAAAUGUGGGCGAACGGCCCAGCCGGCGAUGACCAGAGUGUUUCAGAUCAAGGGAUUACAAAGCUCUAUUCGAUUACAUGAACCAGCUUUGACGGCAGACAAUCUUGGUUUGAAAACUUGGGGUGCGUCGUUGGUGUUGGCGCAAAAACUCUGCCAAAAGAAUGAAAUGUGGACGGGAAACAACCAUCAUCUUCGGGUGUUGGAGCUGGGGGCAGGAACGGGGCUCGUAGGAAUAGCAUUGCUCAAAAAGCUAUGUGAAAUCGGUAAAGGCUCUAUUGCCGCCUCGUUUCACUUGACGGAUUUGCCGGAAAUCGUGCCUAAUUUGAAGAAAAACGUACAGCUGAACAAUUGUGACGAAAGCGGACAACUUGAAGUGUUUGUGGACGUCCUGGACUGGACGGAUCCUUCUUCCUUCGAAAGUCAACACGGAUGCAAAAAGUUCGAUGUUGUUCUUAUAGCCGAUCCCAUCUAUUCACCACAACAUCCUGAGUGGAUAGUAAAUAUGAUGACCAGGUUCUUGGCGCCUCACGGGACGGCUUACCUUGAAGUUCCUGUUCGCGCCAAGUAUGCUGCGGAGAGACAGACACUUUGGGAUUUGAUAGACAAGGCCAAUCUCGAAGUUGGCAGAGAGGAGACAAAUGAGGGUGUUGAUGACUGGGGUCAAGUUUCGUAUCUAUAUAAAGAGGUAGUCUUCAAGCGACCACUUUAA